AUUCUCAUCACAACCACCUGCUGCCAUGACUUUGGAUCAUUACAUUACUGGAGCUCCUGUGAUUCUCAAGUGGGAUCCAAAGAACCUUGAGAUCCGUACCAUGUCUGUGGAGAAGACCUUAGAGCCCUUGGUGAUUCAGGUUGAUAUGUAGUGUUGAGUGUAGUUCAGUGCAUGGUUAAGUUAAUCGACCUGCGUUUGCAGUAGAGGAUGAACGUUCUAAAAGUGUUAAACUCCUUUGUGUAGUGAACAGAAUAUUACAGUCCAGGAAAAUUGAAAAACUGAAGGCACAUUUAGCCACACCAUGAAUAAUUUUGGGAAGUGACUGAAUGCACAUAUUAUAAAUUAAUGGACUUUUGAAGAUAUUUGAAAGCGAGAGCUUGUUUUGAGAGUACAGAACCACUACCACAUUUGCAAAAAUGCCAGAGACCAACUACUCCACUAUGUCUAACACAGACAAUGGAAGUGGCUUCAUUCUUCGCUGGGAUAUUAAGAAUUUGGAAAUCAAGACCAGAUCAGUUGAAAAGACACUAGAGCCACUUGUUAUACAGGUCACAACACUUGUCAACACAAAGGGACCUUCAAAGAAAAAGAAAGGGAGAAGUAAACGAGCCCAUGUAUUAGUUGCAGCAGUAGAGGCAGCUACAGCAAAUUUUAUUGAGCGAGGAGAGGAAAUUGCAUAUGAGAACCCUGAUAUUAGGGGUGAGAUGCUUGGUGCUGUGGAAGAAGUUAGAAAAACAGGGGAUACUAUGUCACGUGCUGCCAGAGAGUUUGCUGAAGACCCCUGCAGCAGUGUGAAGCGGGGCAACAUGGUCCGUGCUGCCAGGAACCUGCUGUCUGCAGUCACUCGCCUUCUUAUAUUAGCAGAUAUGGUGGAUGUUCAUCGUCUUCUGAAGAGCUUGCAAGUGGUGGAGGAUGAUUUAGAAAAGGUGAAAAAUGCAUCUAGCCAAUCAGAGCUCCUAGAUAAUUUCCGUUUGUUUGGUAAAAACACAAGUGACCUCAUCAACCAAGCUGCUAAACGACAAAAUGAACUUAAGGACCCAAGGCUUCGCGAUGAUUUGGCUUCAGCUCGAGCUGUACUUAAGAAAAAUUCCAUGAUGCUUCUCACAGCUUCUAAGGCAUAUGUUCGACAUCCUGAGCUUGCAGCAGCAAAAGCCAAUCGAGAUUUUGUGUUUAAACAAGUGUGUGAAGCUGUCAACACUAUCAGUGAUGUAGCGCAGGGUAAGGCUACUGGGGCAGGUCAAAUGCCCUAUGAGGGUCCUGGAGAAUUAGCUUCAGCUCUGGAUGACUUUGAUGAACGCAUCAAUAUGGAUCCACUCACAUAUAAUGAGGUACGCACCCGUCCAUCUUUAGAAGAACGUUUAGAGUCCAUUAUCAGUGGUGCAGCACUUAUGGCUGACUCCUUCUGUACACGUGAUGACCGUCGUCUCAAGAUUGUUGAAGAAUGCAAUGCAGUAAGACAAGCACUGCAAGAUCUUCUAACUGAAUAUAUGGACAAUAUGGGACGUAAACAGCCAUCAGAGAAUUUGGAUAAAGCUAUUGAUCACAUGUAUCGCAAGACCAAAGAUUUGCGUCGUCAGCUGCGCAAAGCUGUUGUGGAUCAUGUCUCAGACAGUUUCCUUGAGACAAAUGUGCCUCUCCUUGUUUUAGUGGAAGCAGCACGAAAUGGUAAUGAAAAGGAAGUAGAGGAAUAUGCCCAGGUGUUUACUGAGCAUGCUAAUAAACUAGUGGAAGUUGCCAACCUUGCCUGUACGAUGUCAAAUAAUGAGGAUGGUGUUAAGAUGGUACGAUAUGGUGCAGCCCAAAUUGAGCAGUUGUGCCCACAGGUUAUUAAUGCUGCAAGCAUCCUCUCAGCACGUCCCAAGUCUAAGGUAACACAAGAGAACAUGGAUGCCUUUAAGGAUGCCUGGGAAAAUCAAGUACGCAUUUUAACUGAAUCUGUUGAUGAUAUCACAACUAUUGAUGAUUUCUUGGCAGUUUCAGAGAGUCACAUAUUAGAAGAUGUAAAAACUUGUGUAAGAGCAAUAAACGAAGGUGAUCCAGAGACUCUAGAUCGCAUUGCGGGUGCUAUCCGUGGUCGUUCAACACGUGUCUGCCAUGUGGUUGCUUCAGAAAUGGAUAAUUACGAGCCAUGCAUGUAUACUGAUCGAGUUCUAGAGGCUGUGAAAGUAUUAAGAGACCAGGUGCUACCAAACUUUGCACAACGUGUGGAUGUGGCUGUAGAAGCUUUGAGCAGCACUCCGGGCAAAGAGGUGGAUGAAAAUGAGUUCAUUGAUGCUUCACAUUUAGUUUAUGAUGGAGUACGAGAGAUUCGCAUGGCUGUGCUGAUGAACAAAGCUGAUGAUGAACUGGACCCUGAUGAUGUUCUCAUGGAUGAUUACCACACAGUAGAAAUUAGGAGUAAAUCAAGUGCUCACACAGUAGAAACCACUAUUGAUGAAUAUCCUGGAGUGAGUGGCAUUACCACAGCUAGAGAUGCUAUGAGAAACUUGAGUGAGGAAGACAAAGACAAAAUUGCAGCUCAGGUUGAAAACUUCCGCUUGGAAAAGGUGAAGUUUGACCAAGUUGCUAAAUGGGAUGACACUGGUAAUGACAUAAUUGUUUUGGCCAAGCAUAUGUGUAUGAUCAUGAUGGAGAUGACUGAUUUUACCAGAGGUCGUGGCCCACUAAAAACAACCAUGGAUGUCAUCAAUGCUGCUAAAAAAAUUUCUGAAGCAGGAACCAAGUUGGAUAAACUUUCCAGACAGAUUGCUGAUCAGUGUCCUGAAUCAAGAACAAAGGAUGACAUGUUAGCAUAUUUGGAUCGUAUUGCUCUGUAUUGUCACCAGUUGAACAUUACCUCUAAGGUCAAGGCAGAUGUACAGAAUAUUUCUGGCGAACUCAUCGUGUCUGGGUUGGAUUCAGCAACAUCACUAAUUCAAGCCGCCAAGAAUUUGAUGAAUGCUGUGGUCUUGACAGUCAAGUGUUCAUAUGUUGCUUCAACUAAAUAUCCACGCCAAGGAACCAUUGCUCCUGGGGCAAGAUCAGCCUCCCCUAUUGUUGUUUGGAAGAUGAAAGCUCCAGAGAAGAAGCCAUUGGUGCGACGUGAGAAAGCGGAGGAAGUGAGAGCCAAAGUUCGUAAGGGCAGUCAAAAGAAGCCUGUCUCGGCUCUCAAAGCUCUUGCCGAAUUUCAGAGUCCAGCAGAUGCAAUUUAGAGCAUUCAUCUGCUUUAAAUAUAGGUCUAUUAAAUUUGUAACUUGAAAAUAACAUAUAAAUAGGUGCAAAGGCAUCAUGCACAGAUUGUAUUGAGAAUAUUUUCCACCAGUUCUUUACAGCUAAUUAACCUAUAAUUUAUAAAGCCCUGCAGAGGGAGGCUAAUGUAAAACUAGGAACUUUUUUAUAUUUUCUUUUAUUUGUAUAAUUUGUACCAGGUACAUAAUUUGGUCGAUAUGCAUGAGCAUAUUUUUGUAUUAAGGCAGCCAGUAAGUACAGCAAUAAUGAUGUCAUAUAUAAGUAGCUAAUGCCUUAAGACAUUAAAAGCAAAAUAAAAUACUCUCCAAAGCUGUGUGUCACAAAAAACAAAGUAGUAAUUUAAAAUCUCUAAGUUCAUUUCUAGUACAUGGAAAUAACUAUUGUAUGCAUAGUGAAUGUAUCCUUCAUAUGAAGCAGUUAUUUCGUUGUCAACUGGUGACAAUCAGAACUCUUUGCACUAACAUUUUCUGCAUUGAUAGUCUCUUAAGUUAAUGGAAAAAAUUGUGACGAGCUGUUCCACCAAAUUAUCUACAUGGAAAACUCAAUAUGCCGGAAGAUGAAGUUGCAGGUAGCAUGCAUCCAUACUUACCAUGUUUACAAUCGUGCUGUUGGAGUGUGAGCAAAGUAACAUUUAUGAAGGGAUUCAGGGAAACCGGCAGGCCGGACUUGAGUCCUGGAGAUGGGAAGUACAGUGCCUGCACUCUGAAGGAGGGGUGUUAAUGUUGCAGUUUAAAAACUGUAGUGUAAAGCACCCUUCUGGCAAGACAGUGAUGGAGUGAAUGAUGGUGAAAGUUUUUCUUUUUCGGGCCACCCUGCCUUGGUGGGAAUCGGCCGGUGUGAUAAUAAAAAAAAAAAAAAAAAAAUCAUAUGCGAGUGCUAUACUCAGUUCACGGGUUUAUUGUACAGUAUUCUUCAAGUACAGUCCUUCCCCCUCCAUUGCCCCCCUUUUUUAAGCAAUGUUAUACACUCCAUAACAUUGUCAGAGCACUCUUUGCCUUGUGUAGGUGAUGAGGCAAGUGUAAGAAAGAGGGGUUACUUUAAUACUGUACUAGUUUUAAGAUAGUAAAGAAUAUGUAAAUAAUUAUUUAUGAGGUAUGGGAAGUAUUAUUUAGACCAGAAAAAUUGCUAAUCCAGAAGGAUCUUCAUUCCCAAGCAUUUAAGAGUUUUGACUAUUAGGAAUGAUGGAUAUGAAUAUAUUCAAUAAUUCCUUCUUUGUCCAAGAGUCAUUUGAAUGUAUCUGUUUUGUGCAUCCAGUUAUCAUUAAAGCAUUAGAGCAGUGGUUUCAAAAAUAAUUUGAGUGUCUUUCCACUACUGUAACCCACUUCAACACCACUUGUGCACCAACUUUCAUUUAAAAUAAUUUAAGAUAGUAAUGUACUCUAAAGCUGAGGAAAAAAAAUGUGUAUGAUAUUACUUUACAUGGAGAAGUAUUUAAGGCUUAUUGUACGAUAUUCUUUAAUAUAAAAAAAGAUUAAUUAUAGUUGGAAAUGCUGCUAAAUCUGAAAAAAAUCAUCAUAUACGUUUUUCAUGUGAUACGCUCACCAUCAGUUGGGAACCACUGUAUUAGAAUGACUCGGUCCUUGAUUUGUGGUAUAAAAAAGUCCUUUUAUCUUUUCAAAACAUAAAAUAAAACCUUAAUAUAAUGGUCCCAUAUGUAAUGGAUUUCUGAUGUAACAAAAUAAUUGGCCAGAUAAAUGUUUGAUGCAACGAACUAAGGCCGCUGCAUCGAGAUUUUGUCUGUUAUUAGUAGUCUCUUCAUACAAUGAACCAUAGCAGUUGGAUUGGGCAUUUUGACACAAUAGGUUUUUGCUUAACCCUUUCACUGUCAGAACUCCCCAAAAUUAAAAUUGCUGCCAGUGUCAGGAUUAAAAAAAAAAAAAAAAAAAAUCUGAAAUAGUAGAGAAUCUUUUUCUGAAGACAAAGACUCAAACUAUUUGAUAAGAAAUUUACAAAUCUACUUAGAAAGUUUGCAUUGGCACAAUCUAUGCAUUAGCAGUUUGAAGGAAAUUUCAUUCCUCAAUUUGAACAAAUUCUUAGCCAUUUUGCUAGUGCACACAAGUCAGUAAUUUGGCCAAUUUUACAUAAAAUUUAACAUUCUGAUUUAAAAAACAAUCCAAAAUAUUGUAUGCAUUCCAGCAACUAAAGCAACCUAUCCUCUGUUCAUUAAUCAUGUUCCCAGGCUUCUAUAUCACUUGCCCUCCAUUUUGAACCCAUCAUUACAAAAAAGAAAAAAAAAAUAGAGUACAAACCACAAUUUCUUGGAUAAAAUAUAACCAGGAAUGAUUGGUUGUGGUUUAGGGUGUCUCAGUAACUGAAGCAGAACUGGUAAAAACCCAUAAAACAGACCAGGGAAAGUAGGGAAGCCUUACCCUGCCUUAGGAAAAUUAUAAAAAAUCAUACAUUUCAGCCACUUUGAGCCGUAUUUCAAGCUAAUUUUGGUUCUAAAACUGCCCCAAACCUUUUAUUUCAGUACGUAUUAUGUCUUCCAUUCUAUCAAAUAGUACUAAGAAACAGCAUAUAAAACCAAAAAACCUAGAAAACUUCAAAUUAGCUAUUUUAAACCAAACAAGAGGUUUGCUUUUCCCAUCAUGCACCACAUGGGGCAGGAUUUUUUUUUUUAUUCGGUGCGCACAAUUACACAGAUGUAUUCUUUUAUGUCUAGGCCAAAAUUUACAGCUCACAGCAUGUUUGAGGGUGCUGUGCUUAAAUUAUUGAUGUACAUGAGCUACCCUGUAUCAAUAACAUAGAUCUACAUAAGAGACCAUGAAAGGUGUUUAAUGGAACCCCCCCCUACCUCCCUAUUAGUCUGUUAUACUGGAGGUUUCACUAUUUUGUUGCUGCAAAUAAAAAAAACUUCUUG